AUGGCCGGGGGCAGCGCCGAGAAACGCAAGGCCGAGGAGGCCGACGCGGCUCCCGAGGAGGGCGCCCGUAGAUCCAAGCGCCGUCGAUGGGACUCCGCGGACGACGCGAACGCGGACGCGGGAGCGGCCGCCGAAGCAUCGAAGGAUGCACCCGCGACGGAUGAGCCCGCGGCCGAGAAGCCCGCGCCGUCCGUCGCGGAGAAGCUCGCCAAGGCGAAAGCCGCCGCCGCGAAGGCCAUGGAGCUCGCGGAGAAACUCAGGGCCGCGAAAGCCCCUCCCGGCCCGGCGCCCGCGCCCGGCGCCAAGGCCCCGUCCGCCGCCGUGCAAAGGGCGCUCGAGCUCGCGGGCAAGAUCAAGGGCGCCACCGCCGCCGCCUCGACCGUCGCCAAGGGACCCGGCGCGCUUCGGCUCAACGACAAGGGGCAGGAGGUCGACGAACAGGGGAACCUGGUCACCGCCAACGUCGUCGCGGUGUCCACGUUCGCCGUGAACGCCAAGAGCGCCAAGCUCGAGGCGUUUGCAAACGCCGAGAAAGCCGCCGCGGAUGCAAUCGCAGACGACGGAGCCGAGGCUUGGCAAGACCCGAGGAUGGGAAAGGGGGGCCGGCGCAGAGAUCGCAGGUCGACGUUUCAGUUUGUCAAGGAGGGGAAGUUUCAGAGGCAAGCCGACAUGGUCCGCCUGCAGGCCAAGUUUGGCGAGACGGAAGCUCGAAAGAUCGCCGCGAGGGAGGCCAGGGAGCGCCGCGCCGCCGCCGAGCGCGAGCGCCUCGAGGCGACCGCGGACCCCAACCUCAUCCCGCUGGGAGCGCGGGCGGGCAUCAAGGGCGGGAUGGCGGGAGCCGCUCAGUCGCGCGCGGCAGCCGUCCUGGACGAAGUUCCCGACGUCGAGUGGUGGGACGCUCACAUCCUCGCGAACGGAAGCUACGACGACGUGUCGGACGGGCGAUGGGACAUAAAGCCGGAGAAGAUCACCCCGUACGUGGAGCACCCGGUGCCGAUGCAGCCGCCGAUGGAGGCGCCGCCCCCGCCGCCGCAGCCGCUGAAGCUCACGAAGCGCGAACAGAAGAAGUUGAGGACGCAGCGGCGGCAGCAGCGCGAGCAGGAGAAGCAGGAGAUGAUCCGCCAGGGUUUGCUGGAGCCGCCCAAGCCGAAGGUUAAGAUCUCGAACCUGAUGCGGGUGCUGACGGACGAGGCCACCGCGGAUCCGACGGCGAUCGAGAAGGAGGUGCGGAAACAGAUGGAGGAGAGGGCCAGCGCUCACGAGGACCGAAACCUCGCGAGGCAGCUAACCCCGGCGGAGCGACGCGAGAAGAAGAUUCGCAAGCUGUUCGACGAUCCGUCCGGAGGCGUGGAGACUCAGGUGCACGUGUACAGGGUGGAGUCGCUGUCGAAUCCGAAGAACAAGUUCAGGGUGGACAUAAACGCGCAGGAGAACAGGCUGUCGGGCGUGUGCCUCAUCACCGAGUCUUUCUGCAUAGUCAUCGUGGAGGGCGGGAUCAAAUCCGUCAGGCGGUACGAGAAGCUCAUGAUGCGUCGCAUAGACUGGAACGCGCACACCGACGGCGCGAUGGAGUACGACGACGACACGCCGCUGGGCGAGGAGGCGGUGAACAAGUGCACGUGCGUGUGGAAGGGAACGGCGCCAAAGCCGUCGUUCAAGAAGUUCAGGUUCGAGACGCUGCGAACGGAGGCGGCGGCGAGGAAGUAUCUGCAGGAGAUGAAUCUCGCGCACCUCUUCGACGCGGCGGCGGCGUGCGUCGCGGUCAGCGCGGACUUUGAUGACGACGCGUGAUGAUGACAGACGAGCGACGCCGCAUUUCAAUCACUCGAAAAAAUAAAAAAUAAAUAAAUAACCUAGCCGAUGCAAUCCGAGGACACCAACUUAGCC